AUGUCCUCCCUGUUUGCACGGAGCACCAAGAGCCUGGUCAGGGAGCUGGGCAGGAAGGGUGAGCUGUUGCCGGUGGACAGCCUGAACAGCUCCCCACGCCUCCACCCCUUCUGCCUCGUGAGAAAGAAGCAUAAACUCCACCCCUGGUCUUGGGACACCCCCUUCAUCCCCACGGACUUCUCCCUUCUGGAUGUGCUGGAGCCUGGCUCCCCAGUCCCAGAGGUAAGCAGGAGCGAACCGAUCCACAUCCGGGAGAAAGUGACAGCAGCAGUGACAGGAGCCAUGAGCUUGAGCACUGGGCUGCAGGAGAAGGUGAUGGGGAGCGGCAUGGUGACCCACAGCUCCACCCUGGCCCUGCAGACCCUAAGGGUUUCCCCCCACACCUGGGAGACUCUGGUGGAGAAGAGGAAACUGAGGAUGCCAAGGCCCUCCUUCCUCAGGGAACUGCAGAGCCGGAAGGAGAGGGAGAGCCUGUACGUGGUGACGGAGGCCAUGGAGACAUUGCAGGACACCACACUGCAGAGCCUGAGCAAAGUGGAGGGGGCAGGGCAGCUGUCCUUCCUUGGGCCGAGCCAUUUCAAGGGCCAAUGCCAGAGCCACGUGGCUAAAGAGAAGACAGUGAUCGUCCCUCGGGGCAGUGUCUUGGCCUACAGGGUGCUGCAGCUGGUGAUCAAGGAGGAUCACUGGGGCAAGGCCCCAGGUGAGGAGCCCGACUUCCUAGGCCUGCAGAGGUGGGCGGGUGCCCAGUUGCACGACCUGGCCACGCUGCCCCCUGACCUGCGGUACUCACUACUGGGCGCCCUCCAAGAGCUGCUUAGGGACCCUCAGGCACUACAGGAGCUGGAGGACAUGCUGGAGCAGACCCUCUACACCGGGCUGCUGGCACAGCUGGAGGGUCCUGGUGGCUCCAUCCUGAGCACCCUCCGGGACCUCUGCGGCAACCUGUCGCCCUCUCGAGUCAGGGCCCUCCUCUGCCUCCUUGGAGCCCUUGUGGGAGCACCCCUUCUCCAGUUUGGGUCACACGGGGUUCUCAGGGCAGCCCGCCAGAGUGUGCUGAGUGACACCCAACACUGUCUGUUGGCCGAGUCCCUAGGGAGAUGCAUCUUAGCCCAGCAGCUGGAGCUGGUGGCAAGCAUCUUAGAGGGCAACUUUAACCAGAUGGAGGAAACAGCCGUCUCCCUCCGGCAAGAUGUCCUCUCAUCCCUGCAGAGUGAGGAUGCAGCCCUCACCCUGAGCCUGGUGCAGAGCUGUGAGCUGGAGCAGGGGCCCAGCCUUCAGCUCGUCUGGGACCCGGAGGCGUUGCUGCAGCUCUCCGCACUCUGUGGGGCUCUUGCAGGGCUGCAGUUGCUGGCCUGCCCCGGCCCUAGGCCCUCCAGGCUGAUGCCUGAGGAAGGUGCCCAAUGCUGA